AUGUCUACUAUCAUCAAAUCUGCCAAGUCUAUUGUUCCACUACUAGACCGUGUCUUAGUCCAAAGAGUCAAGGCUCAAGCUAAGACCGCUUCUGGUUUGUAUUUACCAGAAAAGAAUGUCGAGAAACUAAACCAAGCUGAAGUUUUAGCUGUUGGCCCAGGUUUCACAGAUGCCAAUGGUAACAAGGUUACCCCACAAGUCAAGAUCGGUGAUCAAGUCUUGAUUCCACAAUUCGGUGGCUCUACCAUUAAGUUGAACUCUGAUGAUGAAGUCAUCUUGUUCAGAGACUCUGAGAUUCUAGCUAAGAUCAGGGACGCUUAA